AUUCUCGAUUUCCCAUAACAUCCACCUCCCGGCUAAUCCCAAACUCGUCCACAAUCGCCUUUAAAUCCACUGCCUUACCAGCCACAUACUUCAAUCCAUCUCUACUACGGUACAAAUCCCUUAUAUCAACGUGUGGUGACAGAACGACAUCGACCUAUCGCGUCUCCCAUCACACCUGUUCCUGCUCCCAUCACUGCCAACACACCUCUUCUGUCCCUCAGCACGUGUUAGCGACUUUAAAAUCUCCCUAGGUACAAGCUCAGACGAAUUAUCCCAUCAUCCAUUGAUCGUAUCACUGUAACGACCCUUCCUUCGACCACCUGCUCAUUGCGCAGUCAAGUUUAGUACUCAAGUGUCAACAAGAGUCUUAGCAUUCAUCAUUCUGCAACACUAGCUACCCCGGCACCACUUUUAAAAUGCGAUUUACACCUUCUGCUGUCCUUGCUACCCUCUUCCUCGCGACCUCAGUUUUUGCGCAGCGAAUGACUACCACUCUUGAUGUCGAGGAUGGCAACACUCUUGUCAUCUCCAUGACUACCGAUGCACGGGGUGCCACCAUCACAUCGACUUUGAGUACCAUCUUUAGUAAUGGUGAUGAUGAAACCAGCACAUCGUCUUCUAAGUCAACUUCGGCAAAGAGGACUACUACCACGACUCCACGGGUUGUGGGAGCGGAAACCACAACCACUUCCACUCCUCCCCCUAUGAGGACUACCACUUACUGGGUCGACACCGGUAAUGGAUAUUGGACUGACUACACUUGGACUGCUCCUACUACCACUGUUCCCACUGUUGCCACCGCCAACGUUCCUGCUGGUACCGUCCAGAACUACAACGAUUAUCAGUCUGCUGUCAACUCUGCCGUUUUCUCAUCCGCUCAAGAGGCUGUUGCCUCUUCAAAUGCUCGUGCACGAGCUCAGCCCAUCGGUAUGGACAGCAUUCUUGGAGGAUGGAUGACAUUGGCGCUCGGUGCCGUUGGUGCAGGUCUCGGCGUUCUCGCGCUCUAAGCAGAAUCUGUCGGAAAAUGAUUGACAGAGUGCAUUUAGAAGAGAUUGGAGAUCUCCAGAGAAUCAGGCUCUGGAGCCUUGAGCAAAUUGGUCCCAUUGAGACCUUUCACUUAUUUAUUUUUUUGCACUGUUAUGGACAAUAGUUUCACCUAACCACAAUUUCAUUAGCUACCAUAGUACUUCGUACUUUGCGAUAUACCUCUUACUUACAAUUCUCUUGAGUCUGGACGAGUGAUGACAUGUUGAUUUGAUACCUAUCAUAUGGCCAGAUAAAAACGUUUGA